GGCCUGUACUGUACAUGCGAGCGAUUUAGAUGCCAAAGGAUGGAGAGCAGCAACCUCGAGGUCUUCCUCCGCGCCGCCACGCCCCACCUGCCAUGGCGCUCGGCCACAAUGGACUGUUUCGAAGGAGGGCCGAGUAGCGUGUGGCAGCUGGACAGGGAGAUCAAGAAGAGCGACGCAGCGGUGGGGUACUUCGCGCUGGCGGACCUGUGGGAGCACUACGCCGAGAGCAGCGCCUACGGACUCGCCGUCCCCGUCCGGCACCACGGCGGCCGGACGGCCGCCGAAAACACCGUCGUCACGCAGCAUUUCGUACCCUACCUCUCAGCAGUCCAGUUAUACACUGCCACGAGGCCCACCGUAGUCAGCCUCGCCAUUCCCAGGAGCACGGGGAGCGAGACGGACUCCUGGAGCGACGACAGCGCCGGCGGCGGCGAGAGGUUCGCCAGGUCCUCCUGGGACGCGGCAUCCGAAGACGACGAUGAUUCGGCAUACUACGUCGCAGCCUCGUCGUACCUGAAUUUCCAGUACAGAGAGUGGGACUCGCCCUACGACAGAGUGCCGCUGGCCGACAAGGUGUCGGAGCUGGCGCAGGAGUACCCAUGCUUGAUGUCCCUCAGGAGCGCCGAGCUCUCGCCUUCCAGCUGGAUGUCUGUAGCAUGGUACCCUAUUUAUCACAUCCCUGCCCAUGGGAACAUGAAGGGCAUCUCUACAUGCUUCCUUACCUACCAUUCCAUUUCAUCAGUUUUCCAAGAUAACAUACAGCGCAGCGGACCAGAACGUGACGGUGGCGACACCACCGUCCUCUCGCCGUUCGGGAUGUCAACAUACAGAAUGGAAGGCGACCUGUGGAGGCGGCCAGGAUCCUCGGAUCGCAGGCGGCUAUCUGAACUUCACUGGGCGGCGUCCUCCUGGCUGAAGCAGGUCGGGGCACACCACCCUGACUUUGCCUUCUUCACGUCUCACCACCGAUGACACCGGCACCAAUCUCCAUUGAUUAGUUCGACACGAAGGAAUAUGUUUUGACGGCAUUUCGCUGGACGAUAGUGAGGAGAUGUGUGCUGCAGGAGCUUCAUGUAGGAUUUGCUAGAACAGCGUGCACAUGCACUGAAUUCUUAUUCUCCUCAUUGUGUCUGAACUUUCGAGAGAUACACCAUGCAACUUGUUUACGUGGGAUUAACUGUGCAGAUACAUCAUCCUC